UUAUACAUUUGUAGCACUUUCCGUAGUCGAAGUUCGGUCAAACUUGUCUGUCGGCGAAAGUGUCUGUGUGAAGCAGGUCUACAAAGAUAUUUCUGUAUUUCAGCGAAGAAAACGGAGAAAUAAAUCCUAAAGACAAAAAAAAAAAUAAAUAAAUAAAAUAAAAUAAAAUAAAAAAGAAAUAUAAAACGAUAUACAAGAACACACGAGCUUGGAAAACUGAGAGAAGACAGGACGUGACAAGCAGAAGUACAAGUUUAUUUCACUCGUCCUCAGAAAUCAAGAUUUUGACAAUAUGAGCUACAGAAUGGUAAUUGUCAGAGUCGGCGAUGGUAAUUUUCAUAGUGGCAUCGGUCGGAACUUCCGUUCGACUUUCUUCGACUCACACCAUGACCGGGAAUCACGUAUAAGACCUGGGUCAAGAGGUGGCCUUUCACUAUUCGCUAGAAAUCGCCGCAGAGGAAGGAGAGGUGGCAGAAUUCGCUUCACCAGGCUAGAACGACUCUAUGAACGUUUGGGCAUACUACCACCAAGUGACCAAUCAAGUGAUGAGGAAGAUGAAGAUCCGGUUCCUGGCUGUUUGAAAGUUGAAGAUGUUGACCUCAAAAUUAUUAAGAACACACGCAAGCAUGAAACUGACGAGUAUUCGAUGACAUCAAAUGUAAAUGACUUGAACCAGAAACAAAUCCCAAAACUCGUCUUGAGAAGAGGAUUCUCAUUCACUGUGGUGAUUCGUUUCAACAAACCUUACAAUGAGAAAACCGAAAAGGUUACUCUUCAAUUUGCAUACAGUGAACGUCCCAAAAUUGUGAAAGGUUCUUUGGUGAGAUUAGAACUGGCAGACACUUUCAAAGACGGGGAAUGGGCCGCUGUGUUGAAGAAUUCGAAGGAUUCGGAAAUAACGGUAGAAGUUCACACUCCUCCAGAUACCUUUGUUGGAGUCUGGCGAAUGAGGGUUAAUAUCAAGAUUGAUGAAAAGAAAAUAACUCAAACAGCUCCCUAUGAAUUUUAUAUGCUGUUUAAUCCCUUUCACAAACAUGACGAUGUUUACAUGUCUAAUGAGGAUGAACGUAAAGAAUAUGUCAUGCGUGAAACAGGAAAGAUUUAUGUGGGUACUUCAAAUCAGAUCUACGGAAAAACUUGGAACUUUGGCCAGUUCGGCGAUGAAGUGUUGGAUUGCGUUCUCUAUCUUCUAGAGGAAUCAGAACUUCCUCUUCACUCACGCAGAAAUCCUGUGACAAUCACACGAAAAUUGACAGCGUUGAUUAAUUCAGCUGAUGACAACGGAGUUUUAAUGGGCAACUGGUCAGGAAAUUAUACAGGUGGAACUUCUCCUCUGUCUUGGACAGGUAGUGUUGCGAUCAUUCAACAAUACUUGAAGACCAAGAAACCAGUGAGAUUUGGCCAGUGUUGGGUAUUUUCUGGUGUUCUAACCACAGCAAAACAAUUGUUAUUCAGGAACUUCCAUGUAUGGAAUGAGGCUCAUAUGGCUCGUCCUGACUUGAAGGACGGCUACGGUGGCUGGCAGGCCUGUGAUGCCACUCCUCAAGAAACCAGUGACGGAAUUUACUGUUGCGGUCCCUGUCCAGUGAAAGCAAUUAAGAUUGGAGACACAACUGCUUUGUACGAUGCUCCAUUCAUCUUCGCCGAAGUGAACGCAGAUAAGGUUAGCUGGAUCAAAACGGCUGACGGAAAUUACAAGAGUUAUAUACAGAAUGGCGAAAUUGGUAAAAAGAUCAGUACCAAGAGUGUGCUGAAGAACGAAAGGAAUGACGUCACUUGUGAAUAUAAAUGUGCAGAAGGUUCUGCAGCCGAACGUGCAGCGGUAUUCCGCGCUGUCAAUACUGCAGCUGUCCGUACUGCUGCCUACAAGCAAGGUCCUGAGGACAUGAAAUUCGAAUUAGACGUCGAUUUUGAUACCAUGUUCGGUUGUGAUGUCCUUGUCAAGGUGAAGAUGCAAAACACUUCAAAUGAAGUUCGAAACGUUGGUGGCAGCAUUUCCGCCAUUUCUGUCUUCUAUACUGGUGUCAAAGCAAAUGAGAUAAACAAAAGCAAGAUCAACUGCACUGUUCAGCCUAAAUCAGCUGGAGUUGCUGAAUUACUGCUUUCAUUUAAUGAUUACUACAAUACUUUGGUUGAUCACUGUGGUAUCCAUUUGACUGCCGUAACUUUCGUGAAGGAGACUAAUCAGUAUUGUGUCAUAGAAGAAGACUUCAGAUUGCGAAAACCGGAAGUUACUCUUAAGGUGAGCUGGAAAUGGAUAACAAUAAUUUAUAACUAUCUAUUGCAUUAACAUACCUAACAAUUU